AUCUAACUUAUAAAUGUAAUAAAAUGAUGCUGCAACUCUAAGAGAAUCCAAGUCAAUAUCAAAUUAAAGUGUGAAGAUUGAUUCAUCUUAAUCAAAUGUAGUAUAUAUUAUUGAUAAUACAAAAUUGUAAUAUGAAUAUAUAUUUACAAUAGUAAGAAUCCCGUUUUUAAAAUUGCCCCAUUAGAUAAUUUUCAAAGUUUUAGUGAUAAUAAAUAUUCUCAUAUAUUUAGUUCUAUUAUUCAAUCUCCAAGGCAAGAGGAAUAGUAAAAGUUAAAUUAGUAAGGAAUUUAGUAAAUAUCCAAAAAGAGAGCAUUUUCUUUAACAGAAGUUGAAACCAUAAAAAAAGAUCACCGAUAGAAUGCCUCAGAAGAAAUAAGAAUAUAGAAGUCAAUUAUAGUUAGUUCAACAAGGGAAUUAGAAUGCAAAAGGAAAAAAGAUGAUAAUUAAUUGAAUGCUGAAACACCAAAAUUAGGAAAAAAUUAGUUAAAUGAUUCCUUAUUGAAUGUUAAAUAGAAAGUGGAUUAAUAAUUGUAUUAUUCCCCAAGACAUAUAGAUGAUAAAUUGAAUGACAAUUAUAAUUAUUAAGCUCAGAAAACGUAAACAACAGCUUGGGAUUCAAUCUCAAGUAAGAGUGAGUUAGAUUAAAUUUUAAAAGAAUGUUUACUAAAUUUUGAGAGAAAUAAGGCAAUUAAAGCAGAAGAGUAUGUUGCUUGCCUUAUAUUUUGAUACAUAGAUAUCAUGAUAUAUUUAUUUAAU